ACCCAGCAGAUCAUUCUGCGGAGUCUUGGGGAGUGGAACUCCAGCCGCCCCCUCCCCCCAGGCACGCCACGACGGUGCGUCGGGCCCCGCCCCGUCGCGCCAAGCCUUAAAGAGCACCCAGGCCAGGGGUGCACGGUAGUGGCCACCGUCAUGGAGGGCGCGCUUUUGGCCAACUGGAGCGUGGAGGCGGUCAAUGGGAGCGCGCCACCGCCGGUGGUCGAGGGCAACCUCACCGCCGGGCCUCCGCAGCGCAACGAGGCCCUGGCGCGCGUGGAGGUGGCGGUGCUGUCCCUCAUUCUCUUCCUGGCACUGAGUGGCAACGCGUGCGUGCUGUUGGCACUGCGCAUCACGCGCCACAAGCACUCGCGCCUCUUCUUCUUCAUGAAGCACCUAAGCAUCGCGGACCUGGUGGUGGCCGUGUUCCAGGUGUUGCCGCAACUGCUCUGGGACAUCACCUUCCGCUUCUAUGGUCCCGACCUGCUGUGCCGCCUGGUCAAGUAUCUGCAGGUGGUGGGCAUGUUCGCUUCCACCUAUCUGCUGCUGCUCAUGUCGCUCGACCGUUGCCUGGCCAUCUGCCAGCCGCUGCGCGCCCUGAACCGCCGCGCUGACCGCCUGGCUGUACUUGCUACGUGGCUGGGCUGCCUAGUGGCUAGCGUGCCGCAGGUGCACAUCUUCUCACUGCGCGAGGUGGCUGAGGGCGUCUUCGACUGCUGGGCGGUGUUUAUUCAGCCGUGGGGCCCCAAGGCUUAUGUUACGUGGAUCACGCUCGUCGUCUACAUUGUACCGGUCAUCGUGCUUGCCGCCUGCUACGGCCUCAUCUGCUUCAAGAUCUGGCAAAACUUUCGGCUCAAGACCGCAGCGGCCGCGGUCGAGGGGCCCGAGGGCGCAGCGGCGAGCAGCGGGGAACGCGCUGCCCUAGCACGCGUCAGCAACGUCAAGCUCAUCUCCAAGGCCAAGAUCCGCACAGUCAAGAUGACGUUCAUCAUCGUGCUGGCCUUCAUUGUGUGCUGGACGCCAUUCUUCUUCGUGCAGAUGUGGAGCGUCUGGGACGCCGAUGCACCCACGGAAGCCUCAGCUUUCAUCAUCGCCAUGCUCCUGGCCAGCCUCAACAGCUGCUGCAAUCCCUGGAUCUACAUGCUCUUCUCAGGCCACCUCUUCCACGAGCUCAUGCAGCGCUUCCUCUGCUGCUCCUGCGGCUACCUGAAGGGCCCCCGGCCAGGAGAGACGAGUGUCAGCAAAAAGAGCAACUCGUCCACCUUUGUCCUGAGCCGGCACAGCUCCAGCCAGAGGAGCUGCUCACAGCCAUCCUCCGUGUGA